AUGAAACAUAUCAACUCCUGCCUGAGAAGCGACUUGCAUCCGCUACAAUAUGCCGAUCAGAGCAGGCGCACUGACCGCCCCGGCCCGGCCCCGGCCCCGGCCCGGCAAGGGGAAUCUCGCGAGUGGUCGGAAAACGCGACUUGCAUCAAGCAACCCGUUGCUGUGGUAACGAAGUGUCCUCCCACGGCGGCUGGGAGAGCGGAGGAGAUAAGAGACUUACCUGAUGAGCUAUGUAAUUUGACAAAUUUAAAAGAACUUGACAUAUCAAACAAUGAAUUGAAAGCCAUUCCAGCCAGGAUUGGAGAGAUGAAGAACUUGGAAAAACUUGUAGCUGCAUACAAUAAUAUAACCUAUCUCCCCAAAUCCCUGACAGAACUUGUCAAACUUAAAUGCAUCAACAUUCGAGGAAAUAAAUUAUCAUCACUUCCAAGUGAUUUUGGACAGCUACAGUCUCUAGAAGAGAUAGACUUGAAGGAAAAUUUGCUAGUAAGACCUCCAAAGCUGGUUUGUGAAGGGGGGAAACGCAUUGAAAUAGAGCAGUAUUUGAAAUAUGCAUAUGCCAAGGACAAAAUCUUUCUGGAGAAAACUUUACAAUUAAUACCCAAAAGCAUCCCUGCUGAAGGUUUUGAACACUUCUGUAAAAAGCUUCGUCUACCUUCCAGUGAUAUUACUUCACUUGGAAAAUUAAGGAUGCCAUUGGAAGAGAAAAUAAAGUCCGCUCUAAUAUGGUGGCAAGAUCAUCGUGUGGCCAUGCUAGAACCUGGUGAGGCAACAGAGGAGUUAAUUCGAACACUAGAUAAAGCAGACUUAAAUGAACUAGCUUCUAAAGUGAGAUCUUUAAAAAUUUGUACACAAGCUAUAAAAUUAUAAAAUUUAUACAUAUAAUCCUGUUAUUAAAUUAGAAAAAAUGUUAUUCCUCAUUAUAAAAGAUUUCUGCAAAAAAAAUAGUGAAAAAUAAGUCAUUCUAUCUGACAGAUCACUCUGUGGUGAAAGUUAUAUUACAUUUGAAAUUAACACUAGCAACAUAAAUUUUAUUACUUGUAUUUCUUGGCCAUUAUGAUAUUGCCUUCCAAAUACUGCACAUAACUUUUAGAUGUAAAUCCAUAUGUUAAAAUGCAAACAUGAAAUUUACAUUUAUAUUUGUUAAUACAUGAAACAUGAACAACACAUUGCAAAAUGCAUAAUUCUGAAGUUUUUUAAAAAAAAUUGUUCAUAACAAAAUAAACCAAUUGAAACUUAAUACCUGGAUUAUAUUAA